UAUUCGUCAUUUCUCAUACAUUUACUUCGUAAUUAUUACAAUAGUUAGUUAUUUAGUAAUAGUAUAGUAUUAUUCGAGAAGUCGUGCCAUUGUAGCUUAAUUAUGGCGUUCAAGAAAGUAUCGCAUGUGUUGUUUGAUUUAGAUGGUCUGCUAAUAGAUUCUGAAAUUUUGUACACGCAAGCAUUUACCACUGUUUGCGCUAAAUUUAGCAAAGAAUUCACGUGGGAACUGAAGUCGAGCCUGCUGGGCUUCCAAGGCCACGAAUGUGCGGAGAAAAUAAUUACAACUCUGGACCUACCACUUACUGUACAAGAGUUCAUGAAAUUAUGUCAAAAGGAAUAUGAGGUACUGUUCCCCAAAGUCCAGCUUAUGCCAGGUGCACAGAAACUAGUAGAACACUUACACUCCAAGGGUAUUCCUAUAGCACUGGCUACUAGCUCUGCUCAAGACAGUGUGGACAUGAAAAUGAGGAACUUUCAGGAGUUUGUGGCUCUGUUUCACCACCUCACCAUGGGCUCAACGGACCCUGAAGUUACCAAGGGCAAGCCAGACCCAGCCAUUUUCUUAGUGUGUGCCUCCAGGUUUCCUGAUGAACCUAAACCUGAAGAUUGUCUCGUAUUUGAAGAUGCAGUUAAUGGAGUAAAGGCUGCAAAUGCAGCAAAUAUGCAAGUAGUAGCUGUACCUGACCCUCGCAUAGAUCCCGCCUUACUAAAUACUGCCACUUUAGUCUUAAAUUCAUUAGAUGAAUUUAAGCCAGAGCUAUUUGGUCUUCCAGCUUUUGAUUAAAAGCUUUAAAAAGGUGAGUUAGUUGAAAUAUUAUUGUUGCUUAAAAUGUUCUGUUGUACUUGUUUUGAUAGAUGGUUGUUAAAACUAAUAGAUUUUAUUUAUAAAUGUGUAGCACAACAUUAAGGUUGGCAUUAUUGUUACUGAAUCAAUUAAUUAUACUACUGUAAAUGUCCAAAGUAUUUAUUAAGAAAUUAUGUUAACUCAUCUAGUCAAACAAUAUUAGUACUUAUUAGCUUAUUACAAAUACACAGUACUUAAUAGUAACUGUCAUAUCAUCAUUUAGAACAAGAAAUGUGUUAUGUUAUUACUUAUUAGUAAUCUCUCUUUUAAUUUCUACGUUACCUGAGCAAUGCUUUAAGAACACUUCGUUUUUAGGGUUUCGUAGUCACCUAGAAACCCUUAUAGUUUCGCCAUAUCUGUCUAUCUGUCCGAGGCCGUGCUCCGUCCUAGAAAGCUGCAAUUUGGCAUAGAUGCUUAUAAAUCAUGGCAUACAAAAUGUUUUUUUUUUUUUUGCUCUGUCCCAAUAGUGUGAGGAGGGUUGGAUAGGUCUUUCAAAACGAAUAAGGGUCUUCAAAAACCAUUUCUUGAUAUACAUAGUUAAUAUUUUCGGAAGUAAUCGCUUCGAAAAAAAAAUGUGUCCAGGGGGGAUUCUAACUUGAACCAUGGGUUCAAAAAAUAUGAAAAAAAUCGUGAAACAAAAGCUUAAUAAAUGCUUUCAAUAAAAACAAUAGCGAACAUGAUCGCUCCAGUAGUUUUUGAGUUAUUGCAAAAAAUCUUCUUAGAAAUAAGACGUACAAAGCGCUGCAAAGGUACUCCCUUAUGCUUGUAAUGUACAUGAUACUCAAUAAUAGCCCCCGUUUGGCCUAUUUUGACAGAAUAGUAACUACGAAACCCUACACUGAGCAUGGCCCGACAAGCUAAUGGCCGAUUAUUUUAUAUAUUUUACAUCCUUAUUAAAACACAUGAUUACAUGUAUAAAAAUAUAUUGAAAUAAACUGCAAUACAGUUUUUGUGA